CGAAAACACCUAUGCUGGUGUGCUUCUUUCAUUUUUACCUGAUUACUUUAAUCCGACUCACAUGUUAUUCAUGUAAUUUCAAAUCAAGACCGAUAUUGAUUAUUGGAUGAUAAAUGACCUUAGGGAGACCUAUUAUCCAAAGCUGUGCAGUACUGUCUGAAAAUGACCUAUAGAGUUUCAGGACUGUUGCAGAGGAGCGGCAAAAUAUUAAAAGGAUGUUAUUACGGCACCUUGAAGCUUGCAGUAGAUGGCAGCAUAAAGCGUGCCAAACCACCUAAUUAUGAUUUCUUUAGCUCUGGAAAUAAUUACCUAAGAUUCCUAUUUGAUAAUACUAAAACUAUGGACCGAUUUAACGAUAAUUCAAAAGUAAUAGUGGUCGAAGGUAAUAUUGCCUCCGGAAAAUCUAACGUCGCUGCUAAGUUGGCUAAAUAUCUUGAUAUGGAGUAUUUUCCUGACCCAACUGAAGACGACAUAUAUGUUUAUAGAAAUGUGGAGCCAAAUUUUGAUAUUCGCUGUCACAACUUUUUGCUUCCUGAUUAUGCAAAAUACUAUACAUGUGAAAUGUUUUGGAAUGAACCGGAUCUCAUAAAUAAAGGAAAAGGACUAUAUCUUCAAUACCAUUUCUACUUAAGACGUUAUUGGAAUUACUUAAGAGCAUUAUGUCAUUUAUUUAAUACAGGUCAAGGCGUUGUGAUUGACCGAAGUCCGUUUUCAGAGUUUAUAUUCGCUGAAGCCAUGCAUAAGUGCAAUUAUCUGUCAGAACGGGGAUUAUUAUGGUUCAAACAAAAUCACACGAUGACUAUAAACAACCUCUGGAAACCGCAUCUACUAGUGUACAUCAAGGCUCCUAUUAAGCAAAUACGUGAAAAAAUAAAGAAACGUAAUAUCCCUUGGGAGGUAAACGCACGCAAUCUAACUGAUGAAUUCUUAAAUGCUUACGAAGAUUUACUUGGAAAUUAUUAUAUAGAAAAUAUGGACCGUUACUCUCAUAUCCUCACUGUUGAUGGUUCUACAGUGGAUGUUUACGAUGAUGAUGAUGUCUAUAUUAUUGCACAAAAUGCCACUGAAAUUGACUUAAGUGGUCAAUAUUUAAUGCGUGAUGAUUACAAACUUCUUCAAUGGCGCCUUGCUUUAAGAUACGCAAGUAGUCUAAUAAGUUCCAGACUCGAUUUUUCAAAUGCUCAUGAAAAAUUUACAAGAGUAUUUGAUCAAGUAGAAUUUCCUAUGGAUUUAAAUGAAUUAACUUAUACUUAUGAAGCACAAGAAUUACAAGGUGCAGCUAUUCAUAUGGAUCCUCGUACUUGUAUACCACCGGCAUAUAAUCCAAAAUAUAAAAGUAUACUUGAAAUAAUGUUUAAUCCAUGGAUUAUAAAAACUAAUUUCAGGGCUGAUCUACCAAAAAAUUAUAUUUGGAAGUAAAUAUAUUAUUGUGUUUUAUUCUUUAUAAUAUACAAAACAACACUUACCAUAUUGAAUUGAAUAGUGAAUAAUCUGUUUAUUCCACUGAUUCUGGUGAUUCAAUUAACUUCGAUUCAUUCAUUGAAACAAUUGGGAAUAUAUAUAUAUACCUUCUAGUAAAUGGGACGAAAGAAAUCGUGUAAUACUAUCUCAACCUUCAAAUUGUACUGGCAAGAUGGAUAAUGGGUAGCGAUGGAAUCCAGGAGGCAAUGCGCACAUAUGCCAACAAGAGACUGAGGAAUUGUAGUUCUACAUAACAGUGGGAAGAUUCAAGUAAACAAUAAUACCAAGUGAAUUUGAGAGAAGUUAGGUUUAUAUUCUCGAAAUGCAUACAGAUGCCCAAAUAAUCAUAAAAUCAUCCCAAUAAUCAUGAAAUACCUUAUUUCAAUUUACGCUUGAAAUUUAUAUCGACC